GUCAGCUGUCAUCCUGAAGUUUGUAAUCAAAUGAUGUCACAGUCUUUUUGUUCAUAGUACAGUUUUUUUAAGUUAAUGUAAUAAUAGUUUGUUUUCAUUUGUAAUAUUUUCAAAUUCUAGUCAAUUAUCAAUUAGUUUUAAGAAAAUAUAUGUUAACAAUACACGUUAGGUUAGCUACUUCCAUAUCAGAAAAUUAAAUGCUAAAACUCAGAAAAACUUCUAUUUUGGGUAAUGAGUGCGAGUGAGACUCUUCCUAUUUUAGUAAAUGCUAGUGGAUCUGAAAACGAAUCGCGUGGUGCCUUGUCGAUAGUUUGUAGUGACGGAGAAGACAUACCCUUGGUACCCGAAGUAGUAUUUGAACCAGCGUUGGAUUCCCCAGGUGUCAAUAGAGAAUCACAGCCUCUUUUGGGAGGGCUUGAUGUCUCUUACAACCAGUUCCCAGAUGAUCCUGCCUUUAGUGAUUUGGUCUGGCAGGCAGAGGUGGCUAUUGAUAACGGAAUAUUUCCUGAAAGAAUUUCACAAGGUUCUAGUGGUUCCUAUUUUGUUAAAAAUCAGUCUGGAAAGAUCAUUGCUGUGUUUAAACCAAAGGAUGAAGAGCCUUACGGUCGGCUGAACCCAAAAUGGACAAAAUGGAUGCACAAAUUGUGUUGUCCGUGUUGUUUUGGAAGAUCUUGCUUAAUACCAAAUCAGGGUUAUUUAUCAGAGGCAGCAGCCUAUCUGGUCGAUCACAAACUCAACCUCAAUAUAGUACCCAAAACAAGGGUGGUGAAACUGGUAUCAGAAACGUUUAAUUAUUUAAGGAUAGACAGGCAAAAGGCACGAGUAAAGAGAGCCAUUAUGGAACAGUUCCCUAACGUCGGUUUAAGAUUUAAUAGAAUAGGUUUACCUCCAAAGGUAGGAUCAUUCCAGUUAUUUGUAGAUGGUUAUAAAGAUGCGGAUUAUUGGCUGAGGCGCUUCGAGGUGGAGCCCCUACCUCCGGGGAUAGCUCAAAAAUUUCAGUUACAGUUCGAGAGAUUAGUUGUUUUGGAUUACAUUAUAAGGAACACAGACCGGGGUAACGACAACUGGCUCAUAAAGUACGAACAGCCGUCGAUAGUAAACGGUACCACCGUGAGUGCCCAAGUGGAACUAGCCGAUACUGCUGACUGGAAUUUAGUUCAGUUACCCGAAAUAAGUAUAGCUGCGAUAGAUAAUGGAUUAGCCUUUCCGUACAAGCACCCGGACAGUUGGCGGGCUUAUCCUUAUCACUGGGCAUGGUUACCUCAGGCCAAGGUUCCGUUUAGCAAACACACAAAAGACUUGGUUUUGCCACUUUUAGCGGAUAUGAACUUUGUACAGGAUCUUUGUGAUGAUUUAUAUUUACUUUUUAAACAAGAUAAGGGUUUUGAUAGAAAUUUAUACGAGCGGCAGAUGUCGGUAGUGAGGGGCCAAAUUUUAAACCUAACACAAGCUCUCAAGGAUGGCAAAUCUCCAGUACAGUUAGUGCAAAUGCCUGCCGUGGUCGUUGAAAAGUCCCAAGGUCAACAUACAUCUAGAUUUUUCAAUUUCACACAACGCUUCCAAGAUAAAAGUCCUUUCUUUUCUUGGUGUUAAUGUUUACAUAUACAUUCAGUUCUCGAAGGAUUUUUUAUUGAUUUACCAUUAAAUUUAUUUCUCAUAAGUCAUAUACCUACAUUUAUAAUUUCUAUUUUAACUAUUGCUGUGUAAAGUUAUGUAAAAUAGUUUUAAUUGU